GCCUGCUCUUAGGAGAUUCCUGGUAUGACAUGUGACACGACUCGGGACUAGUAUGUGACUUACUGCUGACUUCUUGACCUAUUAAUAAUCAGGCAACUAAGAAAGUAAUUCACAAGACCAAAGUAAGACUCAUUUCUAAAAAAAACAUUUAUUGUAUUUUGAGGACAGAAGAAUAUGGCAUUUGGAAGAUAUGCAGUGAAUGAAUGUAAGCAUUUAAAAGUCACUGAAGUUAUGGGCGCAGGAGUUUCCGGAUACUGUCUUAUCUUCUUACCUUCCUUAAUAUUCGAGUAGACGGUAAGGAAAGAGAAGGGGGUGUAUUUGUUAUUAAGGAGAAAAUGUAAUGGAGUAAAUCUAGAGGGAUAUCAAUUAUACCUCAUUGACAAGGUCCAAAGAAGGCCAACAUGUUUGUCUUAAGUUGCUUUUAUCAUUCAUACAUAGAAAUCUUGCCAGCAUUUUAAAUAUGUAAAAAGGGGGAAAUGGGGGCACACUCGGAACAUGCAUUUCUCAGAUGUGGUGGUAAAGACCAAAAUCUAUGGAAAAUACAGAUUAAAGGACCACUCUAGGCACCCAGACCACUUCAGCUUAAUGAAGUGGUCUGGGUGCCAGGUCCAGCUAGGAUUAACCCAUUUUUUUAAUAAACAUAGCAGUUUCAGAGAAAAUUCUAUGUUUACAAAUGGGUUAAUCCUCCCUCCAAUUCCUCUAGCGGCUGUCUUAUUGACAGCCGCUAGAGGCGCUUGCGUGAUUCUCACUGCGAAAAUCACAGUGAGAGCAUAAAAGCGUCCAUAGGAAAGCAUUGCCGCGCGUGCGCAUUCAGCCGAAUGGGAGGAGAGGAGGAGGAUCGGAGGAGGAGAGCUCCCCGCUGGAAAAAGGAACGUUUUUAUCCCUUUCUUCUCCCCAGAGCCGGGCGGGAGGGGGACCCUGAGGGUGGGGGCACUCUCAGUGCACUAUAGUGCCAGGAAAAAAAGAGUGUUUUCCUGGCACUAUAGUGGUCCUUUAAGGAACAGCGCACACACAAGAUAUAAUAUAGCUUUAAAUUUUACAAGGCCACCAUAUGGCCAUGUCUUGUGACGCCCACCACUAUGUAACAGUACCCCAAAAUCGGUGGGUCCUACACUAAUGUUGUGUGUGCUACUCCUUAAUUUAUAGCACCAAAAACACACUUGAACCAGAGGUGUACAGCAAUAGUGGAAAUAUAAUAUAUAUAAAAAAUACAAAACCUUAAACACUUCUUGUUCCCUUAAUCUGUAUUUUGAAUAGCAUAUAUUGCCAUUGUAUGUAGGAUGAGUUUGAUAUGUGACAGGCCUAGGUUUUAUCGGUAACAUGAGCAAAAUCUUGUUUGAGAACUAAGCAUGGACUCACCAAAGGCAAACUAUGCAGUUUUUACACAUUCUCCAAUCUUUUGUCAGAACAAAUGGUCAAACUCACUUAAAGGGUCACUAUAGUCACAAGAACCACUACAGCUUCAUGUAGUGGUUCUGGUGUCUAUCGCUUGUCCCUGGAGUCUUUUUAAUGUAAACAUUGCCUUUUACAUUGGUGCCUCGUAACACCUGUAGAGGUGUCUCCACGCUCUCCAUGGAGAAGCUUAACAUUCCCCAUUGAGUCGAGGAGAUUCGGUUGGAAAACAUUGGAUUAGCUGACAUCAUAAAGUUUGGCGAACUCACCCAUGAAUGCGGGGCCAGCUGAGGCGAGACAGGAACGGUCUGAGGGAAAAAGGUAGGUUUAAAACCUUUUCAAAGCAAUCUCAGGGGGAGCUAAAUAGUUUCACACUAUAGUGUUAGAAAUACGUUUGUAUUCCUAACACUAUAGUGUCCCUUUAAGUAAAAUACAGGAUGCUAUAUACAUGUUAUUUUUCUUUGUUCCUCAACCGUUUUACAGAUUUUUGGUCUACCAGAAUAGAUUUUGCUGUUAGUAGUUGUUUGUGCCUCAUUAAUACGGUCGUAGUCGUGUAUGCCAUUUUAGAGUACACUGCACUAUUCAUAAAUAUCUAAUUAUUAUUUACUUAUUUUUAAAGUCAUAUGUAGUUCAAGUCAUCAUAUUGUUCUAAAUCUAGGUUGGGAAAUGUCUAUUCAAACAUGUGAUGUUAAAUGUGUUCUCUUCAUUGUCUCUUACAGGUUUUACAAUUUCAAUAAAAAGAAGCGUCUGGUGAACACUCCGUACGUGGACAAUUCAUGCAAAUGGGCAGGUGGUGGUUUCCUGUCCACAGUGAGCGACCUCCUCACCUUUGGAAACGUUCUCUUGUAUAGUUACCAAGCUAAGGCCAAUUCUCAGAUACUGCCCGGAUACCUCAAAUCAGACACCAUCUCUAUGGUUUGGAGACAGGUGCCGAACACUGAAAUGUCCUGGGACAAAGAUGGCAAAUAUGCAAUGGGCUGGGGGGUUGUGGAAAGGAAGCUGGAUUUUGGUCAGUGUAAGCACCAGAGGCAUUAUGUGUCCCAUACAGGAGGAGCAGUAGGGGCCAGCAGUGUUUUACUAAUCCUACCCGAAGAAGAUGAUCAUAGUAGAUUCAGUAAUCUGGAGGAAAGACCACCAAAAGGGGUGGUAGUUACUAUAGUAGCCAACAUGCAAGGUACUGGUCUCAACAGCACAGCACUGAAAAUCGCAUUGGAGUUUGAGAAAGACAAGAUGAAAUGCUCCUAAGAUCAUACAUAUAAAAUGCUAGUAGAACAUGGGUGAUCACAAGGCAGAACCCAGCUUUUGCAAAACUACAACUCCCACGUUGCAUUACCAGCUCUAAGGAUGACAAAACAUUAUGUGAGCUGUAGUUUAGCAAAGGUGGGGAUUUACUUCCUGGAUGCCACUUGUGCCAACUUAUUUUAUUCAGCCAUAAUGAUUAAUUCAUUGAAGGGGUUAAUUUACUGUGCAAUACAAAUGUGAUUUUCAACUGAUUAUGGUUUAAAAUGUAAUGAAACAUGAUGCGAUCCCAAGUCAUUCAUUAGUAGCUCCAACAGUAAUAGUAUUACAGUAGUCUUUGUCCGCCAAUCCAAUGAUUGGUAUUCCUUCCUUGUGCGGCCAUCAAUCUUUGUUAUGGGCAAUGAGAUGUUUGGUUUCAGGCACUCUGAACAGCGCAAAGGAGGUACUUACACAGCUGUAUAACUACGCACAGAUGAUAUGCUUUGUUAAUUACAUAAUCGGUGAAACGGUAUGAGAAAAAAAAAAAAGCUAAAAUUGUUUCAACAUCAACCUUUGUUAGAUCUUUUGCUGAUUCAGAGGAAAGUUAAGUGUUAAUAGAUUAACCUUUGCUAACUGCAGUUUAACAGCUAUAUAUUUAUGAUAUCAAUAGAAUUGACAUUUACAGCUUUUAAAAUAUAACAAAGGAAUUCUUUUAGUAUGAAAGAUAUUAUAUAUAUAUAUUUAUCCCUAAAUCCACAUUGAGCAGAAGCACUCAUCCAACCAGAGCCUAUACAGCAGGGGUCCUCAACCUCAAACUCCAGCCCCCCAGAUGUUGCUGAACUACAACUCCCAUGAUUCUCUGGCUAUCUAUGUAAUUCAAAGAAUCAUGGGAGUUGUAGUUCAGCAACAUCUAGGGGGCUGGAGUUUAAGGACCCCUGCUAUACAGGUACCAAGUUAUAGUUCAGGAGCACAGAGCACUGACACCAUACACAAGCUGUAGGUAUCUUAAGUGUGCUCAGAGGUAGUUUCAGGCAAUUAAAAAUGUGUAUGCUCAGCUGUCAGCUAAGUAGUGCUUCCAACAACAGAGGGCUUAAAGAUGGCUGCACAGAGGAAAUGGAAGUAGCAAGACACACUAAAAAGUGGUAUUUGCCACAUGACCAAAUUCAUUAUGUGUCCCAUAUAUGAGGAGCUGUGGGGCCACAGCAUUUAACGUAUAUUGCCUAAAGAUUUAGAUCAUGGUCUAAUCAACAACCAAAUGGCUGCCUAGAAAUAGGGAGUGAUAGUUACUAAAAUAGCUAAGGUAGUAUAAUUCAUAUAUAUUGAAAAAAAAAGUGCUUUUCUUUUCAAUGUGUAAAUCGUUUUAAAUGUGCCCAUCCCAUUGGCAUAACACUAUUGAAUUUCAAUACAGAAGAGACAAAUCUCAUAAGAUAUUAAUGUCCAGAAUUCAUCUCUGCUUUCAUGAUGCCUAAUGCAGAGCCCACCCACAUGAAGAUUAUUAACUAACAGAACGUGUGACAAAUCGAAAAUGGCUGCUUUCACUGAUAAAGUGCUACAGAAUCUGUUGGCGCUAUAUAAAUGGCAAUAAUAAUAAUAAUAAUAAUAAUAAACAAAAAGUUUAAGUGGGAUUUUAAAAUGUAGCCAUCGAUCAUAAAGAUCUUGGAACACCAUUAAAUAAUUUUAGCGAGUGUACAGUGUUGCAAAUUACAGGUUGUAAAAUUACAGACAUUCCUGGAGACUAUUCAAUGAUGUUCUAUAUUUUAAGGGGAAAGAAAUUUUAUAAAAAUUGUUUUUCCAUAAUCCGCUGAUGUAUACAUUUUGCAUAUUUAAGUUUUUCAUAAAUCUCUUCAAAAGAACUUUAAAAACUGCAUUGGAGUUACAAUCACAAAAUAUUCAAGAGAUAAAAUUGGGAAUAGUUUGUGUGAUUGAAAUAAAGCUUUUUAGGCAAAAUGUGUCAAUACGCGAACAUUCAAGCACCUUCUGCUCCCAUAUCUUAGAAUUUCCCGUCAGCCAUAGCAAGCAAUGGUAGGAAUAUUCAUUCAUGCACAAUAUAUACUCAUAGCUUAUCAUUUAACAUUCUUGGGAUCAGCUGUAGAUUGUCCAUAGAAACCGGAUAAGCACAAUAUUCUUAUUCUUAGGAUCACACUUCAUAUGUCACACUUUGUUUUAAUCCUACUAACCAAACUACCCUACUGGAAAAGGAAUGCAAAUGGUUCUUGCAAAUCUUAGGUCAAAAUAUCUGAAUUUGGAAUCCCCUGUUAAUUUCUAUAGAAUUUUAAUUAUGGUGGAUAUCAGUGUAUAUUAAUUAUCAAGCAGAAAAAUGCCCACUCCCCCUGACUUUAACCCAGGGCAGCAAGUGGCCCUCGAUUCCCUACUAAAAUUACUUUUCAUUAAUGGGACACUCCAGAACUACAAAGCACUUUAGCUGACUACCGUGCUUUAUAUGUCAAGUGUGUCCUGUUUUCAUUUUACAAAAGUGAAGAUUUCAACAAAAAUUGCCCUGCAACAAUUGCUCAAUGAGCUGCAUUGUGAAGUCUCUGCGCGGAAAAAAGGGGAGGACUUGACAAGUAAUCUGCAGCAUUUGCCGGCUGCUUUAAGAUAUACCCCUAAUGAAAACCAUGCAUAAAUGUAUGAUUGUUUUCAUUUGGGGUUUAUCUACUAAAAGGUGAUUUGUUUCAUUUGGGCAGCAGAGUGUCCCUUUUAAUUAGUGUUCCUGAAGUCCUCUCCUACCUGCAUACAUUGGACAUUGCAUGGAAUGUAUUAUAAUUGUGCCAAUUUCUUGUAAUUCAGAAAUGUCUACACUGGUUACAUAAUAGCCACGUAGAAAUGUGAAUUUACUUUAUGUUUUAACCAGAUACUUUGUGCUAUUAUGUGUAAGAUUGCAUGGGGGUAUCUUACCAGAUGAAUGGAAAGUCCAAAAUAAAGGUGCAUUCACAUGUCUGAAAUUAUUUCUUUUUCUCCUUUGUCAUUUAUAGACUGAGAAGGACCCUUGGAAGUGUACGAAUAUUUACUGAUCUAGAUAUUGAACUGAG